CUUUUUUCUUAUUAUUAAAGUUACUCUGCCCUCUUCCUCACCUGCCCGCUGUGCACACCUGUUCCUUAGUUUUCGCUGCUAUAAAGUCAGAGCCGGCAGAGGAGAGCCAGUCAGUCCUUAGCAGCCAUGGAGUUGAGGGUCUGUUGCUUCCUGGUGUUUGCUGUCUUGGCCUGGGCUCCCAGCCGGGCCAGAGAAGUUGGGAUUUACCUGCAGGCCAUGCAGGGAGGAGGCUAUGUGGAGCCCAAGCAGGGAGGGACCCACGUGGACCCCAAGACUGCGAACAAGUACUGGAUGACAACCUGGUACGCGAACUCAAUGUCUUGGAGCUCUGGGAGUCCAUCCACAGGGUAUUCUGGGAGCCCGGGAACAGAGGCCACUUGGGGUCCGGGAACAGAGGCCACUGGGGGCCCGGGAACAGAGUGUUCUGCCAAUACUGGACAGUCCUCGGUCCCUGCAAGUACCACAGCGACGUGCAAGUGUGGUGUGGCUAACCCCAGCAGGAUUGUCGGUGGGCAAGAGGUGAACCCUAAAAAUAAGUACCCAUGGCAAGUGGGGAUUAUGAAUGACGGCGGAAGUAACUACUGGUGCGGUGGUUCCGUCAUUAAUAACAAAUAUAUCCUGACUGCUGCCCACUGCCUUGAAAACGAGGAAGCCAGCUCUCUAGUGGUGGGUGUGGCCGACCACGACAUGUCCUCCACCACCGAUGACGUGCCAGGUGUCACUGACCUGAAGAGCGUCGAGCAAAUUAUCAUCCACCCUUGUUAUGGAAGCAAUGGAAAUGACUACGACAUCGCGCUACUCAAGCUCAAGGAAACACUGGACCUGAGUCAAUACGAGCAGCUUCGCCCUGUGUGUCUUCCUGCCGAUGACUCCCAGACGUAUGAAGGGGUGAUGGCCAUAGCUUCGGGCUGGGGUGCGCUCUACUCAGGUGGGCCUCAACCAUCUACAUUGAAUGAGGUAUCUGUGCCCAUUCUGGCUCCUUCCUGCCCGGGAAUGUCUGGUAUCACGGCCAACAUGCUGUGUGCCGGCCUCCAGGAGGGUGGCAAGGACACCUGCCAGGGCGAUUCCGGAGGUCCGCUCUUCGUGGAAGAAAACACCAAGUAUACGCAGGUCGGCAUUACCUCCUGGGGUAUUGGAUGUGCCGGCGAAAACAGUCCCGGGGUGUACGCCAGAGUGAGCAAGUUCCUUCCCUGGAUCAUGAGCAACACCGCUGACGCCACCUACUGCCAGUAGUGAUGUUUGCCUGCAACCCUCCCUGCUCUCGCCCCACGAAACAUUCUUUCCCUAGUGUUAGGCGCAUGUGGCCUGGGAAAGUCUUCUUUGCACAAUAAAGUUGCUCUCAGC